GUAUCCUCCCCACCAAUCUCAAUGUCCAGCUCAUAAUCUCAUGCAUUCUAACAGAACUGUAUUUUCUUCAAUGCUUAUCCUGAUUCACUCUCAUUCAUUCCUUCAUAUGCAUCAUCAUCAUCAUCAAAUGAUCAUCAUGGUUUUUGAUCUAAUGGGUUGCAUCAAUUUUACCUGUUGAGGGGGAGAGAGAGAGAGAGAGAGAGAGAGAAUGUUGCACAGAGCAGCAAGCAAUGCAUAUUCAUGGUGGUGGGCAAGCCACAUCAGGACAAAACAGUCCAAAUGGCUGGAACAAAACCUGCAAGAUAUGGAGGAGAAAGUUGGUGAAACACUCAAAAUCAUCAACAAUGAUGGAGACUCAUUUGCUCAGAGAGCUGAAAUGUAUUACAGAAAGAGGCCAGAGCUAAUCAACUAUGUCGAAGAAUGUUACAGAUCAUACCGGGCACUGGCCGAGAGAUAUGAUCAUCUAUCACGAGAUCUUCAAAGGGCCAACCGAACCAUUGCCACCGUAUAUCCGGAACAAGUUCAGUUUGCAAUUGAUGAUGAAGAUGAACAAAAUCUUUCAACAACUUCCACUUCUUUCAACAUUGCUGACAAACCAUCUGAACCAAUUCCCAAGCCAAGCAUCCCAAAAGUCCCGAAGAUGAAGAAAGAUUUCAGGAUUCCGUCUAUGUUGUUGUCGAGAAAAGGACAGCAGCUAAAGAGGAAUGCCAGUACUGCCAAAGCAGCUACUCCGCCGAGUUCUGGCCUAACGAAAAAUGAGGCAUUGGAGGAGCUUGAUAAGCUUCAGAAAGAAAUUUUGACAUUACAGACUGAAAGGGAGUUUGUUAAGAGUUCAUAUGAACGCGGAUAUGAGAAAUUCUGUGAAAUUGAGAACCAGAUUACUGAGAUGCAAGGGAGAGUUUGUAGCUUACAAGAUGAGUUUGGUAUUGGUACUGCAAUUGAGGAUAAUGAAGCUCGAACAUUGAUGGCGUCAACGGCUUUAAAUUCAUGCAAGAAGACCUUGGACCAGUUGAAAGAGAAAGAAGAUCAAUCUGCCGAAGAGGCAGAAAUGGAGCAUGAAAGAGCUCAGGAAGCCCAGGAGAAGUUCCAAGCCCUCCGGAGAAAAUUUCUUCCCAAGCAAACAGAACAGGAAGAGGCCGUUGCUGAAUCUCGGCAUGAAGGUUCUAGAUUGGCUAACUUUAGCCAAGAAAGCAACAGUGAGGAACCAGAGAAGCAUGAUCUAGAACUGUUGCGGAAGAAAAUCAAAGAACAGCUUGAUGUAGAAUCAGACUCUACAAUCACUGUCUCUCAACUGGCAGAAAAGAUUGAUGGACUUGUAAAUACGGUUGUGACCUUGGAAACUGCAGUGUCUUCGCAGGCUGCUUUGGUUGAGAGAUUAAGAACGGAAACAGAUGAACUCCAAGCUCAUAUUCGGACCCUGGAAGAGGACAAGGAGAGCCUAAUUGAAGGUUCAGAAAAUACAAACAAGAAGCUAAAGGAGUUGGAGGAUGAGUUGCAAAGAGUCAAAAGUCUUAACAGAAGUUUCAAAGAUCAAAAUAACAGCCUUCAAGUGCAUUUUACUGAAGCAAUCUGCAACAUUGAUCAUUUGUCUGGGAAACUACACAAUGUGAAGCUGGAUGAAGAGGUUGAGAAUGUUGGGCUGUUCCAGGAAAUGAAAGUAUCUCCUGUUUCCAAACCAGUUGAUGAAGUCAAAAACCAUGGAGAUAAACUGGCUCCUGCUGAUGACUCUAAGGUCUCUCAAGACACAAACAUAGAGAAGGAAGAGAAAAAAGAAAUUUCUUCAAUCAGUGAUUCUGUCAAAGGUGUAGGAGAGGACGACAUUGCAUACCCCUCCAUUACUAAGCAUGAUUUUGUGUCCAAAAACCGUACAGACUUGUCUCAAGAUGACAAAAAUGACAACAAAGACUUGCCUGGGACGGAAGCUAGUAGUAUUGAUAUCAAGCUGGAGGAAAUGGGGUCAGAAGAGGAAGAAGGUCAACCUAACUGGAGGCAGCUGUACUUAAAUGGGUUAGAGGACAGAGAGAAGCUUCUACUUGAUGACUAUUCGUCAGUUCUUCAUAACUAUAAGGAAGUAAAGAGGAAGCUUGCAGAUGUUGAGAAGAAAAACCGUGAUGGAUUCUUUGAAUUGGCAAUGCAGAUGAGGGAGUUGAAGAAUGCUAUUGCUUCGAGGGAUGAGGAAAUUAGGUCCUUACGACAAAAACAAAGCUCCCCGAACAUCAAUAUGGGUGGACAAUGGAGUAGUCAUUCGCAUCAAGAAGGAACCCCUGAAAGCAUAACACAAGUUGCUAGCUCUCCAGAGUCUAACAUUUCAUCAUUAACUUCUAAUCAACAACCACCGUAUUAUAUGUUAGGUGAACAGCGCGUAGAAUCUGGUGAAAGGACUGACAAACUAGAUGCAGCUGGAGAGUUGAAAAGAUCUGCUAAAGAGGAAGAACGUGAGACCAAGAUACAGCAUUUCCAUUCUGUUCCUUCUCCUGUAGAAGAAAAAUUCCGCUCAGAAAUUGAUGAACUUUUGGAAGAGAAUCUAGAGUUCUGGUUACGAUUUAGCACAUCCUUCCAUCAAAUAAGGAAAUUCCAAACUUCGAUCCAUGAUUUAAAAGCGGAGCUAUUGCAACUGAAGGAUGGAAGGAAGCAAGAAGGAAGUGGUAAAAAUGAAUCUCUAACCUCAGUUGCUAGGCCGAUAUACAAGCACUUGAGAGAGAUAGAAACUGAGCUAUCAUUAUGGCUGGAGAACAAUUCAGUAAUGAAGGAUGAAAUGCAGGGAAGAUAUGAUUCUCUGUGCAACAUCCAAGAGGAGAUAUCAACAGUCUCCAGUGGACCAGAGAAGACUGAGAUCACUGAAUACAAGGCAGCUAAGUUUCAAGGUGAGGUUCUUAAUAUGAAACAGGAAAACAGGAAGGUUACGGACGAACUGCAUGCGGGUCUUGAUAAAGUGAGAGCAAUGCAGCUUGAAGUUGAGACUACCUUGGCAAAACUGGAUGAAGACUUUGGGAUUUCAGCAUCCAAGCAAAACCCAAAUAUCAGAAGUUCAUCCCUUCGAGCAAGAAUACCAUUGCGAUCUUUCUUGUUUGGGAUGAAGCUUAAAAAGCAAAGACAACAGAAGGCAUCACUCUUUUCUUGCAUGAGUCCUGCAUUGCAGAAACAAUAUAGUACUCUGGCUGAAGUUGGAGUUCCACAGAGUAGAUGAACUUGAUCUUUCCUUCCAGCGAGUUUAGAUACAUGACAGAGAAUUUGAAGACUUGUGUUCUUUCAAAAUCGGAUCCCCAUCCCAUGUGAGAGUGGUGGGGUGAUUAUAAUUUGUGGUAUUUACAUGUUAUUAUCAUAUAAUGAACUUUCUACUGAUUAUAGCCUUGAGUUGCUUGCUUCUGUUUUUUGUUUUGUUUUGAGGAGUUAGAUGGCAUUGGUAUACUUAUUAGAACAUGUGAAGGACAUGG